ACCCAAGCGCCCUUGCGAAAGCUGAGUGGAAUGAGCAGUACUUGAAGGCCCGGCGAUCAGCGCAUGAGACGUACAGAUUCUUCCAGCUUCAUCAUCAACGUCCUUGGAAUCUGCCUCGUGAUGAUCACAGGGCUAUUAUCGGAGAUGGGGCAUCAAAAUUCAAGUGUCCUGGUUCGAUGCACGGUACCAGGCAGAUCCCUCAUGGACUUUCUCGCACGAUUAUUGGCAGCAGUAAAGUACUGCGAGCGCUCAGAAAUCCUGGGAUUUGGAGAGGAGUCUGCCCGCACAAAGCCUGUCGAUGCCGCAUCGAAUAGCAGGCGCCAAAAACAGAAAAAAAUUCUAAAACCCUAUCGCUCGAAGAUCGAGACAUCUCAGGCCAUUACUUUCGGCAAGUCCUAUCGUCACUCACAUCACAUGUGGCGAAAGAAACUCUUUCUAGGGCCAUGAAAGAAGAAGAAAGGCUUCCUUCGUCCGGACCUGAACAUACGGAUCCUUCACUUCGAAACUUCACGAUCUCAUCACUGAAGCUUGAGCUUCUUCUUCACCGCAACUCAACUCAAAAUGUUUCGUCACAAGAUACAUAUACAUGUACAUACAUACUACAAAUUUCGCCAAGGUCAACCGAACAACGACGACG